AUGGGUGGCAUGAUGGCGAAUGCCAUGGACUGUAUGGAGAAGGAGGUCCAGGUGUGUUGCCAGGAUGGCACCUUCCGCACGUCAACGUGCGUUCCACUUUGGUAUUGCCAUGUUGCCAUAGGCAAGCGAGACUUCGGCCCAGUUCCGCCUUGCGGUGCCGCUCCCAAAUCCGGUGACGCCAGCAAGUGCCAGCAAAGUGAUGGCCAAAUCCGCAAGAGCAUGGAGAUGGCAAAGUCGAUGUGCUUUGAUAAAAUCAAAGAGCUCUACGACUUGCAAGGCAAGCUGGGUCAGUGCGUGGCGGACGUCAGCAGUGAGAAGCAAAAAUUGCAAAGCACGCGCCAGGGUCUGACAAACACCCAGCACAGGGCAGAAGACUGCGAGAAGCGGGAGGCACAGGCAAAGGCCCAGAAAUCCUUGGGUCUUGGUGGAGCCAGUGGAAGUACUUUCUGUCCGGCAAGGUCUGCCGAGUUGUCUGGUGCCUCCUCUCAGUUUGCUUUAGCCAUGGAUAAGUGCAUCGGUGUCGAAUUUGCAGCUGCAGUGCGCAUCCCGACCAUCGACAUUGAGGUGCCCGAGAUCAAGGUGGGAGCAAUCGGCACUGGCUCCUUUCAGCUGCAAACGCCGGACUUCGGUGCACCGGGCUUCCAAGGAGACAUUGUUGUGCCCGGUGGUGGAGGCAAGCUGAAUGUUGCGCCACAUAGUGCAGCAGGUCCUGGCGGUGCAAAAGGUCCAGCACCAGGUAAGAGGCUGUCCUUGAUCCAGCGCGUUGCCAACAUCAAAGCAGACAUCAAAGAGUGCGAGGAUGCGAAGCCAAAGGUGAUGGCGAAGAAGGAUGAGCUUGCUGCCACGAAGGACACCGUCUUGAAGCAGAAGCAGAAGGCCUGUGAAGAGCUUGGACCUCAGAGGCUACGUCUCCUGCAGCCUGCAACGGCUCAGACGGCCAUCCAGUUCUUCAGCGUGAUGAAGAUGGCCUGGAAUUGCCCAGAUGUAGAAGAAGCAAUCGACGGAAUCACCGCGCUUUUGGAGUUUUGCUGA